CAGUAUUCUAUAUUGCAAAAUUAAUUAUAUUAAUAGAAAUUAAUAUAAUUAACAGCAUAAAUAAAACGCAUUAUGUAGCACUACCAAUGGCACUACAUUAUAUUAUCCACAUUAAACCAGGUUUAUAAAAGCUGCAAAAGUGACAUCUUUCGUAACAAUUAAUCCCUAUUGGAAUAGAAAAUGCUCGUAAUUUUUGUACGUACAAUUAUUUUUAUUUCAUUACUUAAUUAUACGUUAAUUAAAACUUUCUUAAUUGUAAGUAAUUUUAUAUUUAUGCUUCGUCCAAAUAAGUUAAGAGAGACAGAUAUAUCUGAUCACGUGAUACACCAACUAUUCACUGAUUUCCCAUCUAUACGUGCAGUAAGUUCGUGGCUGGUGAAUAGUGGGGGAACUGUCUUUUCAAAGCGUCGUAUUCGUUCAUUGUUGUGUGUCGCUUUAGAGCAACGUGAUCAGUGGUUCGUAGACGUGAUGACGUCAGACUUCGAGGCACAAGCCGAGAGCGCGUUUAAAGCCGAGUAG